CUCUCACAUCGCACCGAACAGACGCUCGGUUUCUUAUUUGCGAGGAAGAGAGCGGUCUAGUUGAAUAUUUUGCUUGACAAAGGUUUUGUGAACACACGGCCCAGACUCCAGCUUCACAGAAUCCGUGCGCGCAGGCUGUUAGGCGUGGCUCCAGGCUUCAGACUACUUCGUUCUGUCACAGUCAUGCUCCAGUUGCUCACGUCCAAGGAAUAGCGACCCACGAAGUUGCGCUUAGAAGGAAACCUUCCUAUCCGCCCAAGCGACACCGAAAGCCUUGCGGGUUCUUCAGCUCCACGCAGCCAGCCACAUAUACAGGUGCCUUUGAGAUAGAACGGAUUCUCCUCUGACUAAGUGUGCAACCUGUUUGGCUGCAGUGGAUACGAUGCACCAGAGUUUAGGCCACCAUAUCUCACCUAGCGAGCAGCCUAGCAGCCGUUUCUUACCCUCAGCGUUCGCUAGCCCCAAUCCCGUUGCCAUACGAAGCGACGCGCAUUGACCGACGGAAAGACCAAGGAGAGUAUGCUGGUUAUCUGAGCCCUUUAUAAACGAUGACUGCCCCCUUCCCUUCUAUACUCAGCAAGCUUGUGUCAACCUGACCAGAACUCUCAAGACAUUUUUCACUGUGACAGCCAUUGAACGACACUCGACCCCAACAUGGGUAUCAAAACACUAUUUCCAGCUUCCAGCCAGAAGCCCCGAUCGCAGUACUCCAUUGCAGGAAAUAUUGGAUCUGGCAAGAAGACCGGCUUCGGCCCCUUUUCCGGUUCUGACAUUGCUCUUCUCAAGGACAACUUCACCGUAACAACAUGGCUCCUCAUGGGCGGUGCCCUUCAGAUUCUUCUCUCGUUCAUCUUUCCUCGAUCUUAUGCCGCUUUCCCUGUCCUGCUCAUCUUGGGAUGGAACAUUGUCGAUGCGUUCUUGAUGCACUUUGGCCUGAAAAAGAACAUCUGGGCCGAGGGCGUCAUUGAUGGCAAAUGGAGCGUGGGAUAUCCUUCCGAAGAAGAGACAGAGGUGGUCCAUGGCAACCCCGGCGAGAAUGGCCCACGUGCCGUCAUGAUUCUAGGAGCAAGGAGCAAUUCGCCCCUGGGCAUGUUUGCUGAUGGCUAUAAGGAAGUUGCCGAUCGGUUUCGGGACAUGCUUGUGCAAUUAGAAGACACUCGAGAAGAAAGUGGUUUCAUGGGUAUGUCGACUUGGAUCAAUGGCGGCGAACGGUCCACAGGCAACGAACUCGCCACCAUUUCGUACUGGCGCUCGGUGGAGGACAUUCACAGGUUUGCACUAUCACCGAUUCAUCGUGAGGCCUGGAAUUGGUGGAACGACACCGUGUCCAAGCACAAGCACAUCGGUAUCAUGCAUGAAAUCUUUGCCCUGCCAGAGCAUCAGGGCUGGGAGGGCAUCUAUAUCAAUUACCACCCAACCGGCCUGGGCAUGACGACUCGGGCUGCCGGCGCGGCCGCAAAGGGAAGUGAGAAGCUGUGGAUCAACCCUAUCGUGGAUGCCAGCCGAGGCGUCUACCGAACCAGCCGAGGACGGAUGAGCAGAGGCGACCCCGAGGGCAAGAGCAACGACAAGGUGGCCCAAAAUCCCUAUUCCCAGGCUAUCCUCGUAAAUUAGGAGACGAGGGUGGUGCAGGAAAAGAAGCGCCGGGAGAACGCAACCAUGAGAAACGGGGUAUACGUGGCGAGAUCCAGCAUACCAUUUCCACCGCCCUUUUUCUUUGUGUAAGGAGCCCGGUUUUUCUGAUUUACUAUGCAGGCAGAAUAGUUCAUUACCAACCCCAAUUUGACAUCCAUCAAGAA